ACCCAAACAUUACCUUGGAAGUUCUUGUAUGCACUUCAGUUUGUUGUCAUGACGUUAUAAUGAUGAUCUUUGUGCAGCUGUCAUUUGUCCCGGGAUCAUGUCAUCAGUCCAACAGUCAAAAGCAAAAGAAAAACAAAAAAAGGACAACACUUUAACUGAGGGGCCAAGCUGACAAAAAUCUCGCAGUUUCCCUAAAGCCUGCGCAUUCUAGACAACACCCUUGGUUUGUCGUUUGUAGACAGAAUGAGUCAAAAUGUGAGUCAUGUGACUGAAAUCGUUCUUGUGUACAGUGUCUACUCCUCUCCAUGUUUCAUAAGUUCUUUUUUUCGAAUGUCUCUCUAUUUUCUUCUUUUUCCUCUUUUUUAAGUUUUUCCAUCCUAAUGAGGCUUUACUGGCAAUACACACAGGUUUAUUGUUUAGCAUCAAGACACGCCUCCUCCAACACAAAUCUGGGCAUUUUUGUUACGUUAACACAACAACACAGUAUGGUGCAGACUAUGAGACCUGCUGGAUUAUUACAGACAGAGAGAGAGAGAGAUGAUGAUGACAUUUGCUACUGAUUUAAAGGAUUACAUUUUCCAAGAGUUUACAGGACUUCUGACUUGUCGCUGUUCAGCUGGGGCACAACACACGCCGAUGUCUCGUCGUCCCCGGGUGUUGAUCUCAUCAUGAUUCUUUCUAAACCUUUGCACAUCUGACCGUCAAAAUGUCCUUAUCACAGCAGGUUCUGGUGAACUUUGAAUACAGAUACACGGCUCGAGAUGGCAGCACGGUGUCCAUCAAACCCAACGAGCACUACAUCCUUGUAGCAAAGACCAAUGAAAACUGGUGGAACGUCCGUCGGGAUGAGACAGCCAAGCCUUUCUUCAUCCCGGCUAUGUAUGUGACAGAACUUCCAGCCGAGAGCAGCCCGACCCCACUGGAUCCUCCGGAAGAGUUUAGUGGAUGCGAGUCCCCUGACGGAACCGCUCAGGUCACGCUCAGAGACAAGGCCUCUAUCAAAAGAGACGCACAGAAAGACGGACACAGAAUAUCUACAUACAUUAUCCCAAAUGAAUUCUUUCAACCAAAGGUUUCGGAAACAGUCUCCGGAAGCCUGGAGACCGAGGACCUUCACCCUGAACUCCACAUCUAUGACACAGUUGAAGGCAUAGCACAUGAAAACAACCAUUCUCCUCCAGCUAAUGGAGAAACAUCCGAAACCAUCUUCUUGGCUCAUGUUGACACGGUCACAGAUCUGCAGAGACUCACAGAUAAAGACAGCAGUGUGUUUGAUAAUAUAGACACGAUGACGAAAUCAGAAUCUCCACACGCAGAAAACAAUCCAGCAGAGAUUGUCAAACUGUCAAGUACUGCUACAACUCCGACGUCGAAUCCACCCGAUCAAUCCACGGUGGAGGAUGAUAACGCCCUCACAGCUGUGUAUGUAAACCUCCCCCGCCUGCGCUGCAGUUCCAUCGACACAUCCGCCCCCCCCGCUUCUCCAUUACAGGACCUCCCGGACCCUCCCGACACCCUCCUCCUGGACUCUUCGGGAUGGGAGGUCCACACUGACGACCGAAGCGGGCAAGAAUAUUACUACCAGCCUUCAACGGGCCAGAGCACCUGGGAAUAUCCGCUCAGUUUCUCCAUGGAUUCAUCGGUGAGGGCAGAAAGGACACCCUCACCGUAUUCUUUCCCUCAGUCACCCGGCUGCUCGCCCAUGGGCUCUUCUCCACGGCGGUGGAGCUCAGAUUGGGAGAAGGUGCUGGAUGAGAAUACAGGCAGACAUUAUUUCUUCAACGCUGUGUCAGGACAGAGCUCCUGGGACCCCCCAGAGCAUUUUGGCUCAUCAGGCGACAUGAGUUUUCUGAAAGACUGUCCGCCUCCUCUUCCUGAAGAAGAUUACCCAGCAUCUCCAGAAGCAGAGGAGGGGACGCGUCCGCUCUCGGCAGAGUAUUCCUUAAUCAAUGUGAGAAAGGUUUCAAUCCCCAGAGUGAAUCUGGACCGCAGUAGCCCGCCGGGCUGGACCCUCAACAUAGACCCUGAUGGAGUUUGGCUCUUUACGAGCGACUACACGCAGGAACAGUGGAUCAAGUCGAUAGACGAUCUGGGACGUACUUACUACUAUCUGAGAGACGGCACCAAGUCCCAGUGGAACUUACCAGAGCAGGCUGUUAGUCCCGGGCCGUAUGCAAUAGGAAACGGGGCUUCGAGUGAUCUGGAUGGAACAGGGUUAAUGCAGAACUGGAGACACAGUUUGGGAUACCAGGAGGAAAAGCUCUAUUCAUCAUGCGGUCAGAAUGUGUCAAACAGCGAAUCCUCCGGCUCUCCUGAGAUGUCACAGAAUGUUUCGAACUUGGAGAAAGCUGGAAUCCUGAACAAAACAAAGGUGUCUGAAAAUGGCAAAAAAGUGAGAAAGAACUGGGCUCAUUCCUGGACGGUUCUUCACGGAGGAGUCCUGACAUUCCAUAAGGACCCAAAGUCCACGCCAACUGGGGCAUCGAGCAAGACCAAUCAAAUAGUCCCAGAAUUCAAAGUGGAUUUAAAAGGAGCAACGAUCAUCUGGGCAACAAAAGACAAAUCCAGCAAGAAGAAUGUUUUAGAGCUGAAGAGUCGGAGCGGUGCUGAGUUCCUCAUCCAGUACGACACUGAGAGCAUCAUCAACGACUGGCAUAAAGUUAUUGUAGACACCAUCCGUCAGCUGGACUCGGAUCAGCAACACUCUGAAGAUGAAGAGGAGAUCAGCGAGAAGUCCUCCAGUCUGGACAGAGAUGAGAGAUUCUCAGAGAGAAGAGCGCCGGGCAAUGCAAAUCGACAGUCUUUAUCCAGCUCAACAUCUGAGUCCGAUCAGAAGAAGGUCCGCACCAAACUGAUGAAGUUUCUUCUCAAGCGGCCCACGCUGCAGUCCGUCAAUGACAGGGGAUACAUCAGAGAAAAUGUCUUUGGAUGUCACUUGCACAAUCUCUGCCAGCAGGAAAAGUCCACGGUGCCGAGCUUUGUGGAAAAAUGCAUUCGUAUGGUAGAGAAAAGAGGUCUGGGGAUUGAUGGACUCUACAGAGUGAGUGGAAAUUUGGCAGUCAUUCAGAAACUGCGUUUCAAAGCAGAUCACGAGGAUCUGGACCUGGAGGAGAGUAACUGGGAUACUCAUGUGAUCACAGGAGCACUGAAGCUGUUCUUCAGAGAACUUCAGGAGCCGCUCUUUCCCUACAACCUCUUCAAUGAAUUCAUCUCUGGCAUCAAAAUCGCUGAUUAUUACAGUAAACUUUCACACAUGAAAAAUCUGGUGAGGUGUUUGCCACCAGCCAAUCAUGACACAAUGGAGGUGCUCUUCAGCCAUUUACGCAAGGUUAUUCAACAUGGCGAUGAGAACAGAAUGACCGUACAGAACGUGGCCAUUGUCUUCGGCCCGACGCUACUCAAGCCUGAGGUGGAGACAGCAAACAUCACCAUGUACAUGGUCUUCCAGAACCAGAUCGUAGAGUUCCUGCUCAAUGAGUUUGAGUCAAUCUUCCACAUGUGAUGAACAUAUGACAGACGAUGUCAAAAACGGCCUUUCAUUGAUGUUAAUGUGAGAGACGUUGCCAACCGCAUGUAAAAAGCUUUAUGAAGGAGAGCUGCACCUGGCACGUUCUGUAAUAUAUUUUAUAAAUAGAGAUGCUAUGAAAAUGUAGAAAAGAAGUUUUCAUGGUUAAUAUAUUAAUAUCACUUAAACCGAAUGAAGGAAUUAAAUAUGAGCUGUUUAAGUAUUCCAAUUAUAUUAAAUGAAAAUGUUUCUGUUUGAGUCUGA